AUGAUACAGCAAAGGGAAUACAAAGAAGCAGUUGAUGCAUUCAAUGCGAAGAAUUUGGAGAAAAUUCAGCUGAUCGCCAAACUCAUGGAGGAGAUUGGACAGAUGGCUGGAGAAAGCGAGAAUCUGAGGUUGAAGAAGCUCGAAGAUCUCAGCAAGAGCAUUUAG